AUGUUCAUGGAUACUCUUAUUGAGGUCCACUCUACUGCCUAUGAUGAGAAGAACCAGCGUAUUUAUGUGGAUGCAACACAAACACUCCGGUGCAAUCUCUCAUUCAUCCGUGCUUUGCUGGCACCAAAGGCUAGACUUCUUGUGGUGUUGACCCUUGUUCAGGGAAAUGACAAGAAGUUCUACAUCUCGCGUCAAGAAGACUUGUAUGCUGUGCAAGAAAUGCCGGGAGCAGUUCACUCUAUUGUGCAACAGAGCAUUAUAAUGAUCAAGCUUAUUGUCGGGCUGCUAAUCAUGUUUUACGUGGCAUUGUUCCAAUUUUUCGGUAUUUGGGUACCUAAAUCGGUAUCAGCUUAA